UUUGUUUACUAUAUGAUGCUGUUGAAUUAUUGUAAAUCAUUAUGGCUAAUUCCCUGGUUUUGUUAAACGAGUUCUAUCCACCGAUGAGUGCAGUAAGUAUAACUUUUUUCAGCAAAUGUCAAGAAUUAUGAAGAACCCAAGAGAACAUACAAAGGAAAUGUAUUUGGCUAUGUGGACACAGCUUCUUAAGACAUUAAAAUAUCACGUGGGCCAUUAUUCAUGUCACUGUGCGUUUACCUUGCUACACUCUGAUUGGUAGAUCAGUAAAGAGGCGGAGAUUCAGAGGCAGGAAGCAGGAAAUACACUCUGACAGAAAGAAGUUUAAAUGAAAUGAGAGGAAGACAAAACAAAUACUUAUCAAUCUACCAGAACUUGACUUAUUGGCACUAGUUGUUAUACAAAGGGCAAGAAGUCUUCUGAUUACUAGACACGGAACCGGAAAUGCAGUCUGUACGGAAACGCCUUAAUACCGAUUCAGGCGCGAUAAAACAAAACAGCAACCCCAGUGGUUUAAAGGAACAUGUGCCACAGAAGAAAAGACAGCACUUCCACUUGGACCUGUGGUUCUGUCUGACUCUGCAAAACUGGAUACUGGACUUUGGAAGGCCUAUUGUAAUGAUCCUGCUUCCUCUGGAAUGGUUUCCCCUGAACAAGCCCAGUGCUGGAGACUAUUUCCACAUGGCCUACAAUGUCAUAACACCAUUCCUCAUGCUUAAGCUAAUUGAACGCAGUCGGAGUGCAUUCCCCCGGUCUGUGGUCUACCUCUGCAUUAUCACCUUUGUCAUGGGCGCCAGCAUCCACCUUGUGGGGGACUCCAUAAACCAUCGACUCAUUCUUAGUGGUUACCAGCUUCACCUGUCGGUCAGAGAGAACCCUAUCAUCAAAGACCUCAAACCAGCUUCUCUGAUUGACUCUUUUGAGCUGCUGUAUUAUUAUGAUGAAAAACUGGGACAUUUGAUGUGGUAUAUUCCUUUCUUUUUCAUACUGUUCAUCUACUUUACCGGCUGCUUCACAGAGGCUGAACAACGGAAACAAAUUCCCACAUCUGGCUGGCUGCUGCUGGGACCCAGUGCUCUCUACUAUUGGUACUUGGUGACUGAAGGACAAAUCACCGAACUUUUCCUCCUUACAUUCCUUGCCAUGGUUGCCAUGGUGAUUUAUCAACACUGCAAAGGGCUCAGCCCAGACAGUAAUGGACAGUUUCUGUUCUGCAGCUUUAUUGCUACUGCGUUUCUGGUGGCUGUGUGGGUGGUCUAUCUGUGGAACGACCCUGUGCUACGCAACAAGUACCCUGGAAUCUUAUAUGUUCCAGAACCCUGGUCCUUCUACACCUUACAUGUCAAAGACAAACUCUAGCUCUGUGCUGUUGUCCAGGUCUGCAUCAGUUUGACUUGUGAGAAAAGAUACGGCGCCCACGCCAACCUGUUAUUCAGUUCAGUCUGAAUGGGAGGCUGGAGACCAUCCCACCUGGAUGGAGAGACCAGACACUCGUCACAUGGAGAUUUGAUUUGAUAAAUAAAAAAGGUUUAUGAGCAUGACUUUGGACAUGUUCAGUCAAUUCUGCAGUUUGUGCUGAAGAUUUUUAACAUUGUGAUGAUCUGAGAUUGUGAUACAAGUCCUGCUGUGAACAAAUGCUUCACUUCACACCUUUUUUAGGACAAAACUAUAAAGAAGACCUGCUCAUUAACCAACUCCACAAAUCAAGAAAUAUCUAAUAGCAAUGCAAAAGUGUUGAAUAAAUACAUUUGUACAAUUCCUG